CUCCUAAACGAUAUAUAAGGUCAUAUUCAAACACAUCGGCAAUCUGAUGUACGGUUUCAAACAAAACGUGUCCCAAAAAGAUAAAAAUACAAUUCAAGUUUCGAGACUAGGGUCAAAGUAGGUCAAUGGAUGAGGAGAGAUAAAGUUUUCGAAAGUCGGUAUAAGUUACAUUUAUUGGAUUUAGGACAAUCUGUGGAUUUAUGGACAUAUUCAACGUUGUUGGACACACUAGGAAUUCGAUUGACUUUAUUAUAUCGAAGUUUCAGGGAACAAAAAUAAACGAAAAGGGAGAAAUAUCGUGUUAUCCUCAGAUAAUGUUUUGCAUGUACAAAAACCUGGCAGUGGCAGGGCAUUCAAUGAGAAUAUGAGAUUAUUUUUAAUUGGGAUGAACUAAUAAUGUCGCUGUGACUCCCCAGAUAUUUUUUACUGAUUAAUACAAAAUAAAUGGAUUAAUUUUAUUUGGACUUUAUAUAGUCUAGUCUUUAUACCAAGGCUGAACACGAUAAUACAUGUACAUGUAGCCGAUAUGUACUGCCUAUUGUUAAACUGACCAAUCUUCUUGCAUAUCAGAUGAUUGGUGUAUCAAUACAAGAGCAGACUUACAAAGAGUGCAACACUACUUCACUGUUAUUUUGAUUUCAAGUUUCGGCUAGAUACUCCCUAUCAAAACUUCAAUUUGAUUCAGAAUUGAAUGUGAAAUAAAUUGGAUAUUUUCUUGAAUUGGAAGGUGUUCACAUAUAAACAACUAUACAUUUUUAUGGAGAGAAAAGUUUUUUAUAUGGAUGUCAAAAGAGCCAUGUGUAAACACGUAAAGUUUGAUGUUUUAAUAAUGAUCAAAAACUUUCGAAAGGUCAGAUAAGCCAUGAGUUCUUCAUAUUAGCGUGCAUGUAUUUAAUACUGAUCAAACUUUCUUGCAAGAAUCAAUAGUUCAGUUGAUGACUUAUUAUAGUAACUAACUAGUCCUAUUUAACUUGUAUCGAUUUUGAAUUGGAUCAUUGUGGAUCAUUGGCUCCAUGUGUACAGAACUAUUCAGUAAGGCCCACUGGGAAACAAUGUAAAGUGUUGAAUCAAGGCCAGGGACCAUUCAAAGCCCAACAGAACCCACUCUAAGGACUAUAGGAGUAGAACAAGGAGUUCACGAUUUCUGCGUCCCUAAUGGGAACUAAGCUCUGACAUUGAGCUAAUUCAGGAUAUGUAAACAACGUUCAUCAGGUUCCUGACCGAUAUUCUGACAGUUUCAUUCAAAAAUUUGAAUUAAGAAUUCACACAUAGUGAACUCUAAAUACCAAAUGAAUAGUGGAAGUAAUUCGAGAUCAAAGACUAGUGAAUUGAUAUCCUAGUGGAUUUAACAUACAGAGCGUCCAUCAGUAUAUAUAUUUCACAUUGGAUUAGAAAAUAGCCAACUGGUGCCGUUAAUGUCCUACCUGGAUUUCCAUUGGAUCCUAAUGUAGAUAAUAUGCCAUCAAACGGAUCAAAACUAUUAUUGGAUAACUAAUUGCCGUAAUGGCUUAUGAGUGGGUUUGAUGCUAGAUUAGAACGAACUUUACUAUAUCCAGAUGUUGAGAAGUUACAAAUAGAAAUGCAGGAAUUAUUUGGGAAUUGCUAUUUUCUGCAUCAGAGGAUACACACGUGAGAAACCCCACAGAUGAAAUUUCAUAUUUUCACGUCAUGGUUUUAAUAUCAUAUAAGAGAACUUGACCAUUCACUUUUAACAAGUUUUUGGCAAGAAAGGAGGUUUGAGGAUUAUCUCAUGUGGUGGUCACUUAUAAAGUGAAUAUAACAUCUACGACUGAAAGUUGAAAAUAUGACGAUUUGUACAUAGAGAUACAUUACUAUAUGGAUAUAUCAUUUUAUGUUUACUUUACAAAAUAAGUAACACAUGAAUCCAUAACAACGUCAUCAACAUAAACGAAGGAUAAAAGAAGUUGGAUAUAUUUUGACCUAUACAUUUGGCUUGAUAUAUACAUGCAGAAUAAAACAUAAAGAACUAAAUGAAAAAAGGAUCGCAUAUAAGGAUUAAUUCGCGGCAUCACAUGCUGUAAUUCACAUGAGAAAUGUUACACGAAACAUUAGGAUAAUGGAUGUAUAGGAAUCAUGGAAGGAGUAACAGUAGAAAUGAAUAAUUCCUGCAGUUUGAUUGGUCAGGAUGGGUUUGACGAUCCAGGUGGUGGAUACACCCGAGAUCAUCUCAUGAAUGCGAUCGACAAAGUUCGUAAAUCACCAAGAAAAUAUGAAAAUAUUGGAAUAUUAGAUUUAGGUGACCAAGACAUAAACCCAGAAUCACCAACAAUGUUACAAAAUAACCAAUCCCCAAGAGUAACAACCCCGGGUAGAUCACCAUAUCAAAAUGGUCAAUCACCUUUGAGCCCAUCACGUGUUAAACGGACGGAUAGCUAUAUGCUAGCAAUGAAUGAAGGGCUCAAGUCGAGGCAGCGUGUUCGAGAGAAAUUCAGAUCCGCUGGACAUAUUGACGAUAUUAAAGAAUCAGGGAAUAAAUCAUCUUCAAGAUCGCUCAAGCGGAACACAAAUGUAAAAUAUUUGAGGGCCCAAUCUGAAGGGGGUCAAACUGUAGACCAAAGUAUACAAAAUUCAUUUCUCAACUUUCUUACCAAAAAUAACAGUCCAAGGGAAGAAAGUUUGAGUAAAAAGAGUCCAAUGAAAAACAGUCCACUUGUGAGUCCUAGGAUAUUUAAUAACAGUUUAAAUCUGCCUAAAACUUCCAACUUAUUGGAUGUUCCCCCUAGACUUCCUGCACGUCGCAGUAGUACCGGAUCAGCCGAAGUCAAGCAAACAGGACGUAAACAGUUUAGAGAUAGAAUUAACUCCACAUCUUCCGAUCAUGGCCCUAUAUUAGAACUAAAUGAUAUUCCCGAAAAUGACCCACCAAUUACCCAUAGUGCACCUCCAGUCACCCCAAAGACGCUACGCAGGUUGAAACCAAACAUCUCAAAAUUUACAAACUCUUUGGGAACUCUUUUCAGGAAUCGAAGUAACAGUACUAAAUCUGAUUCGGAUAUCAGUCACUAUGACAACCAUUGCCAUAGCGAUGAUGAUGAUGAUGACAAUGAUGAUGUAAUUGAUGCAGUAGUAGAUAAUGAUGAAGAUGAUUAUGGCUUUUUAACACUGUCUAAACCUGUUACUAAUGAUUCUUCUUCAGCCAUGAACAAAAGCAAGUCUCCGAACCCAACUCGAAGGAUAUUACCCAAAAAAUGGCGAAGCAAAGUUGCAAAGUCAUCUCCUAGCCUCGACACAUGUCUAUGGAGCUCAGAGGACAACAACACAUGGAGCAGUGUUAGCGGCAGAACAGUUGUGCUAACGUCUACCAGUCUUCUUGCGCUAACAGAGCUUGAGAGGUUAGCGUUGACCAAGAUAGCAUUAGCGCAGCUCCAGGCACUGCAGUUAGGGUGUACGAUCACCAUCCCUAAAGAUGAUGAGCAGAAAUCUGAGAAGAGGACGACAUUCUCCUUGAAGAAGAGAACCCAGUCUGCUCAUCUUGGAGGCCUCAUUGAUAAUAUUAAAGAUAACUUUACUAAAGAUAAAUCAAAGCAAUCAAAAGAUGGUGGUCCAGGGUUGGUAUUUGGCAUCAGUCUUGCGAAAUGUAUCGCCAAUGAUAUCACCCAGAGAAAACGACGCUCCCUUUCAUUGAAGGAACGACGGGAAAGCAUUGAUACGGGGCAGACCCCAAGAAGACAAAAACAUAACAGUGAAUCUGCCAGCUCGCUGGAAAACCAGUCAGCAAAAGAGAAGAAUGCUCCCUCUCCAGGUCUAAAACAUGUGCCUUUUAGUUUACCCUCCAUGAAAGAUAUGCAGAAAGUAGCAGAUAUAGAUCAUUCAAGUUUAUUAGAAGCUCUAUCUCUAUCGUCAUCAGCAAGAAUUGAUAGCUUAAAGCGGGAACGUCCAAGUUUGACUAUACCCACAACCCCCCAUGUACCACAAUUUGUCAAGUCCUGUCUUAAUCAUAUAGAAAACUAUGGUUUACAGACUCUUGGAAUCUUUAGAGUGGGAAGCUCCAAGAAAAGAACUAAACAGCUCCGGGAAGAGUUUGACAGUGGGAAAGAUGUUAAACUAAAUGAGGAGCACAAUCCCCAUGACAUUGGGGCCUUGUUGAAGGAAUACUUUAGAGAUCUACCAGAACCUCUUCUUACAAGAGAACUCUAUCCUGCCUUUGUUUCUGCAUCAAGACUUGAUGAUAAUCAAUGUAGGAAGUGUCUUAGGUGUUUAGUAGAGCUGCUCCCCGUUGCCAAUAGAGACACUCUACAUGUCCUUCUGAAGUUUCUACAUAAAGUCAAUGAACAUUCCUCAGAUCACAUAGAUGAUACAGGACAAGAGGUGCCAGGCAAUAAAAUGGGGGCCAGAAAUCUAGCAACACUUUUUGGGCCAAAUAUUUGUCGCAAACAAAAAGGUGGCGCUGAUAAAGAGUUCAGAGUUGAGGGAAUCGAGAUGGCAACUGAAAGCAAAGAAAUCAUACAGAUUGUUGAGCACAUGAUUCUAAACAUUGAUGAGCUGUAUGAGGUGCCUGCAGAGACCCAUAAUGAAAUCCUGCAGUACAUAUUGGAGAGUGAUCCCGAGGCAGUGGACCAUUUACUUAAGAGAAAGGGAUCUCAGAUUGAAGUUGACUUGGACACUUCCAGCAGUAUGUGGGAAGGAAGUGACAGCUCCUCUCUCCCACCUAGUUCACCAAAUCCCACAGAUACCAUGGAGUUCCACCUGCCCACACGUGGCAGUGAGGGAUCCAUGACGUCACUGGGCUCUCAGAAGACAAACAGACCAGUGUUCACUUUAGACAGAAGCCCAGUGGCGGAGGUGACUGUUGAGACACCAUCAUUAGUGGUGCCAUCUAUAGACCAAUCAAAGCAUAGAUUGAGUACCCCCGAGCCUGGAUGGCUUAGCGGGGGUUCAACUCCUAGGACACCUAGCCCCACAUUUGGUAGUCAUGCUCGAUCACCGAGCCCACGACCUUCACCUCUCCCCUCGAGGUCAUCAAGGUCACCUUUACCAAGUCCAACCCCUGUGAGGACAAGAUUAGGGCCAAAACCACCAAAUUUACAAAUUCUCCCAGAUACAAUGAUAGACAAACGAGGCUUAAUAGGCCCAGGGGGUCAUUCCCCUGGCCCAGAGUCAAUGUACCCUACCCCUCCUAGCAGUGCUAGUAGUACUAGUUCACCAAAAUUUCGGCGGAAAAGUAACCCACAUAAUUUCAUUCAGCCAACUUCUUCUGCACAGCGCCCCCUAGGUGUGGGUAUGCUGGGUAGAGACCCAGAGUGGCAGCAAGAAAGGUGGCGCCACUGGGAAGAGUUAACACAAGGUGAGGAGAAGCUAGAACAGGAAACACUCGUCUGAUUAUAAUUUUAAAAAUAUUUUUAGAAACUUGGUUUUUGGAAAGGUUCAUGGAUAACCAUGCAGCUAUUACUAAUUAACCAUGAUUUUAUAAUUGAAUAUUAGUAGGUGUAUUUAUUAUAUAACUGACAUUGUAGCCCAUGGGACAUGUAGACAGUGACUGUGAAUUACAGGGAAUAUCCAUUAUAAUAUUCAUAAUCAAAAAUCCACCAAACUGAAGAUGUACCUUUUACACAGAAUGUAAUUGAAUGCAAAAAUAAUUUUAGUAAUACAGCAUGUUAUGCUUUAGGGCAUGUAUUUGUGAAACACGCCACUUUGCAGAAAGUCUUGCCUUUGUAAUCAAUACUACAGGUUUAUAUAUAUAUGUCGAAGUAUUGAGAAUGCUUACAGACUAUAACUAGGUGUAAUUUAGUUCAUUAUCAUAUUUAAAAGGUGUUAUGUAAGUCAGUAUCAAUUAGAUGUGCAUAUCAUGUAUCAUUCAAAUGUAAAAGUGAUUCAAGAUUCACCAAUUCAUUCUCAGGCCUUAGGUGGCCUUAAAGUUCAUUUUAGAGAACAUGUUUUUAUAUACAUGUGACUUAGUACUUGUUUAAUCCUAUGCAAUAUGUGUAACAGUGGUAAAUGUUUUAUCGUUAGCAUAUUCAAAAUACUGUUGAAUACACAUGGUCAAAUAGUGAGUUUUAAUUGAAGUCGAAUUGUGUGUGCACGAGGGGAAUCUGUCCAUCUUAUGUAUUUCUUGUUUAUUUUUGUUUUUGUUUAAAUUUUUGUAAUGUAAAUUUUUAAGUAACAGUAUAUUUUAAAUUAUGGGAUUUUUAUACUGUUUUUACUCUUGUUCAAAACCAUAGUUGUGCCUUGUGUUUUACAUGGUGUACCUGGAAAGGUGUGUACAUUUUUAUUCAAAAUAACUUAUAUGUUUACGAUGCAAUGAGAGAAACAGUGUACAUUUUAAAAAAAUUUCACCAAAUCAUCAAUGUCCAGAAAAUGGCAAAGAUGGCAAAUUAAAUAGCAUCAACCUAAAUCUAAUUGCAGUUCCACUACUCACUGUGAUGGAUGUAUACUUUUUAUGAAUAGUACGUACUGUAUGUAUAUGUUUACCAAAUUACCGUACACACAAAUGAUAACCCAUUAGAAGUAUUAAGAAUCGUUUUAGAAAAAAAAGAAAAGGAUUUGUGACUUUAAACUUGUACAUUAGUAAUAUUAAAUUAAUUUUAGGCCAAUAUUGUUUUCCUAUUUUAUGAUGUAGGUAUUCAUUGUCAUUUGUCAAUCUUAUAUUGCAUACAUCUACAAACCAUUUUACACUGCAAAAUUACAAUAGUUCAUUGUAGAAAUUUUGGUAGGGUUAAAUUGCAAUAAUAUUUAACUGUGACAUAGUUUUCAAAUAUAAGUAUUAUGAAGUAAACUAUUAGCCCAUAUACAGCCAUGGUGUUCAAGGUCAUGUGACCAUUUCAGCUUGCUCUGGUCAUGUGAUCUCUCACAGCACUUUGGUUUGUGACAAUUGUAGUGUGCAAAUUUUAUCUGAAUACCUCCAUUUUGUUUUAGCCUUGUCAUACAGUGCAAAGAAAGUGAAGCCAGUGAAUACUAAUGUAUGUAGUGAACACAAAGUAUAUGUGAAAUGAGCACUUGAUUACAGUGAAACCUGCAUGAAAUAAACACUAGCUCCCAAAAACACAAAUCUUUUAUUUUUACAAGUAAAGGCUUUGUGUUAUAUUUAUCUGAAGAUCAUUUAUCAGAUGUGCUAAGGUCUAACGAGGUCUGAAUUUGAUUGUUAAACAAUUGAGAUAAACUCCUGUAGACCAUGAUACAUUGAGAGAGGUCACCUCACCUAACAAGCUUUGUAUAAAUACAGAUAUCAACAACAUUAUAUUAUUUCAAUGCAAGAUUAUAUUAUAUAUUUAUUUGUAAUAUUUGUAAAUGCAUCAACUAAAUGCAUCAACUAAAUGCAUCAACUAUGUUGCAAUGUAAUAUGGUUUGUAUAUCAUCUAAUACAGUAUUAUUAUCUAACCGUAAACCAUGUAAUAUUAUCAUACAUAAAUGAAUAACAGAAAUGAAAUAAAUAAAUAAUGUACAUUAAAGAAAGAUACAUAUAAUUCUGUGUUCUUUAAUUAUCUGUAAUUAUCAUUAAUGUUCCAAUAUUAACAUAUUGAGGUAGGCAGAACUUUAGAUUAGCAUAUUUAACCUCAUU